AUGUGCAGAGCGACACUACGACACGUCAAAGUUCAAACUGUCGGGGUGAGUCAUCCAAGCGGCCGCAGACGGACUUCAGACGGGUCUCAUCUGUUGGCGUUGCGCCGGGUCAGACCGCGCCGCGUUCCUUUGUGUUUCCAUCACCUGUUUGAACGUGCUGAGUGGAGCCGACAUUGCACAGACCGCCUGUCACUCCGAGGUGUCUGCACCUUCGAUGUGUCUCACAGCUCUGUCCUGUCUGUCCCCCCGGCAGUCGCUCAGUACCCGUUUGAGGACCACAACCCGCCUCAGCUGGAGCUGAUCAAACCGUUCUGCGAGGACCUGGAUCAGUGGCUGAGUGAGGACGAGCAGCACGUCGCCGCCAUCCACUGCAAGGCAGGAAAAGGUCGCACUGGCGUCAUGAUCUGCGCCUACCUGCUGCACCGGGGCAAGUUUCAGGAGGCGCAGGAAGCUCUGGAUUUCUACGGCGAGGUCCGCACCCGGGACAAGAAGGGUGUGACCAUACCAAGUCAAAGACGCUACGUGAUCUACUACAGCUUCCUGCUGAGGAACCAGCUGCUGUACAAACCCGUCGCUCUGCUCUUCCACAAGAUGCUGUUUGAAACCAUCCCCAUGUUCACCGGAGGCACCUGCAACCCUCAGUUCGUGGUGUACCAGCUCAAGGUGAAGAUCCACACCUCUAACCCCGCCCACACCCGGCGGGAAGACAAACUGAUGCUGUUUGAGUUCCCACAGCCACUUCCUGUCUGCGGAGACAUCAAGGUGGAGUUCUUCCACAAACAGAACAAGAUGAUGAAGAAGGAAAAAAUGUUCCACUUCUGGAUAAACACUUUCUUCAUCCCGGGGCCAGAGGAGAACCUUGUCAAUCUGGAGAAUGGCAGUGCCGGGAUGCCACGUGAGCCGGCCGACAGAAUGCACCAGAACCCGGGGAUGAUGAUGAUGAUGGCGACGACGCAGAUGAUGAUGGUGACAGGAGGAGAAACCAACGACAGAGACUUCCUGGUUCUCACUCUGACCAAGAACGACUUGGACAAGGCCAACAAAGACAAGGCCAACAGGAACUUCUCCCCAAACUUCAAGGUGAAACUGUAUUUCACUAAGACGGUAGAGGAAGGAGCGAACUGUGACACAAGCAGCACGUCGGCCUCGGUGACGCCAGACGUCAGCGACAAUGAACCGGAUCACUACCGCUACUCUGACACGACGGACUCGGACCCGGAGAACGAGCCGUUCGAGGACGACCAUCACAAUCAGAUCACAAAAGUCUGACACACACACACUCACACACACAUACAGAUAUAUAUGUGUAUAUAUAUAUAUUUAGUAUGUUUCCACGCUCAUGAACCCCCAGACUGAGACUAGCGUGCUGUUAGUUAACGGGGGAAUAUAACCGAUGGACCACGACUGAUCUGUGGGACUCGCUGAGCUCAGAUCAGUACAUAAGACCCCCCCCCUCCCAUCUUCUGCUCAGUGCACAGUUGGACAAUCACAUGACAUGGCGGUCGGAGGUGAGGAGGGCGGGGACAAACGUGUGGGCGGGGCCAGGACGGGCAAACGGACAGCGAAUGGACGAUAAGACAGAUGAAUGGACAGACAGGAGAUUUUUAAAAAAAGGAGUAAAACUUGAAUAUAAACAAACUGAAAGACAAGUAGACUUCUUUAGUGACGACACCGAGAUGUUUGUUGGAUAAAUACCCACAAUCCCCGUGUCCUUCCUUUCUUCCUUUCUUGCUGACCUGUCGUAGGAAACUUUCUACAGACCAAUCUCAGUUUUCCAUCUCUUCAAUCUUCAGUUUUGUUAAGCUGUUUCUGAGAGUCGGCUCUUCUCUCUGUGUGCGUAUAUCCAAUUAUUUCAGCUGAAAUGAACAAACUUUUUUUUUUUUUUGUAAAACUCAUUUAAUUUUUAAGCUCGUGCCAAGUUUUGGAAGGCCAGCAAUAUUAUCUUUGAAUUUCAGCUAAGCUAAAUCUGCACUUAUAAUUUGGAAGUUAACAUGUAGCACAGUUUCUAUCAACUGAAAUUUGGACCACUGGAACCCCUUCCCCACCAACAUGGAACUGGUUCUUCUCCAGUACCUGCACCUGAUCUUGAACAGUUUGGAUCAUUUCAACCAAAAAUAAAUUAGUUCAGAUCACAAAAAGGUGGUUCUCAGCUGGAACCAAAAAGAAAAAAGUUUUUUCUUGGCCCGAAGUGCAAACAGACAUCAGCAUGUUUAGAAAAAGAGGACUGAGUCUUGCUCAUAAUAAUCUGCUACGUCUUUUACGUCAUUUAUACUGUUUGUUCAGGCUUGGUUUUUUGGGGGAGAUAAAUACAAAUACCUAUAAUAAUAGAACAGAAGUUUGCAGGUUAACAGUGUUAUCCACGAUUUUGCUACUUAACUCUUUUUGCUGAUACAUCCUUGAUUACAGUUGCGCUCAAAACUGAUGGAAACUAGUUUGUUAAAAAAGCACCAAAGUUCCUAAACAGAAUUACUAAAAAGGGGUUCCAGGGAUGCUAAUGAUAAUUAUAACCAACCAUCGCACCUAAAUUCGAAAACUGCUAGUUGAAGUAAGUGGGCCAAUUGUAGGUGCAGAUUUUUGUAUGAAAUGUUGUAAGGAGUCAGGUGGGAGAAGACUGAGCCGGAUUCGGCCGGUCUGAGUUCGUCAAAGGUCUCACUCUGAAUUACGGCGAUCUUGACAUUGGAAACUACCGAAGAACUCUCCUAGCCCUCCAGACCCAAUGUUUCCAGUCGUGAGUCUAAGCUGAACCAGUCUCAUUGCUGAUCUUCACCAGAUUUUGGCGAGUUGUAGCUGGUCAGUACCAGCUUUGGGACGAAGUAGCACACAGAGAGAAGAGCCAGCCCAAAGAAGACAAUGAAGAAGAGAAACUUCACAAUCUGCUGCAGUUCUGUCAAUCAUCUACUGUUGAGAACACACGUACAGUACAAACCUACUGUGAACAAAUGCUAUUACUACUUUUCUGUCUGUCUGUCUUCAGUUUUGCACAAAAGGACUCUCUUCAGCUCCUCAAUCAGCUCCUGUAAUUACAGAAAAUGUAUUUUUGUUGUACUCGGACUCUUAUAUCAAACAUUAAGCUAGACAACAAACAAGCUACACACAGUAUAACCAUUCCGUCAGCCAGAUCUGCUCGAAGCUAUUCACCUAGGUAGGCUAACGCACCCUGAUACAAGCUAAAACAGAAACCUACGACUCCAGAGCGCUUGGUUUUGAUUGGCAGAUGGAGUUUGCGCAUAAUAUAGGACAGUUUACUGAAUAUUGAUGCACAUUUCAAGGCAAGCUUGGUCCAUCCAAGGAAGCCUGUUGGGCUCAUGUUGUGCUGAUUUCUGUCAAGUUGAAAAAUUCAGUCCUUUUAUAAAGCUGCCAUCUUUGAGUUUCUCAGCCUCAGGGGCAGGAGGCCAUUAUGUGGGUUUGCGAUAGACGUCUAAGACGGAUAAAUUCAUGAUGGACUCAUGAGUAUUUUGGCAUGAUGGGCCAAAAGAUGUUGAGAAACCCUGUUCUACCAAGGUUUCAGAAGUUUGUUUGAGCAUUUGGCCAGACAGCUUCCAGCAGGUUUAGUGACCACAGUUGGUCUUGAGAGUCAAGAGGUUCGGGCUCUGUUUGUCUUUGGUUUCUGACAUUUCAAAAAGGGUGAUGCUCUAUAACUACUAUUACUCUUGUCCAUAGACUAUUAACCGUUGUACUCGCUUCUACUUCUUGGAGACAUUUAAACACUCAAACUCUUGCAAACCCUUAACUUUUAACGCCAGGGAUGACAGUUCGAGGAUCACACUAGCAUUACAGCAGUUUCAAGAAUACUGUGUCUGAAAUUAACAGAAGUAAAUGAACAUUAGGGAUGCUCCGAUUUGUCCUUUUAGAUCGUAAACUUGAUCACAGCUUUGGUCAGUAGAGGAGACUAAAAAUAAUUACCAAUUUGUUGCUGUUCUAUGGGCUCUUACUGAAUGUUGGGCUUAACUUUUCAUGCAACAAGCUAAAAAAGAAUUUUAAACCUUCUUUUAAAUGUAAAUAGAGUUUUGGAUGAUUUUUUGUGUGGACGUACAGUCUGCAAAGGAAGCUUCUACGCAAAAAUGACCCGACUCAACUUAAAAUAACAGCUUCUUCUGAUGACGGUGCAGUCAGGAACAGGCAGUGAAAGCAUUGUUGGAAGGCUUGUUUGCAUCACCCAAUCAGGUUUUCUAAUCAAUAAAUCAAGAGACCAUGGUCUGAGUAAUUUGUGAUCAAUAGCAUCCAAUUUGCAUCCGUUUGAAUGGAGCAUCCUUAAUGAUCAUCUUAAGGAAUGUCUGCCUCCAGUUUAGGUGUUGGUAAAAGUUUUUGUCCUGUUGUCUGAGUUCCGUCCUAACAUUUGGUGCUACUACCUACCUUUGGCUCUGCGUUGGUCCUGUAGUCACUGAUUGUUCAUCAUGGGUGUGGUAUCAAGACUCUGGAUUGGGUCUUAAAUUUUGUGUUGUCAACCCUGCAGGCUUUAUUAACAGCUUGGUCACACAGGAUGCACUUAAACAAGAAAUCCUCAGAGCUUAUUCUGAGAAGCAGCAAAACCAGAAGCACAAACAUUGUCUCUAUAGGACCCUCUAGAAGAUGCUCAGAUAAAAUGUAGUUCCCAACCACCAAUUCCAUCUUCACAUCAGAAGUGCACCUGAACUUGAAGGGUCAACGGCACAAUGUGGGACACUGAAAGGCCAAUGGCGAUAACAUAGAGCAUGAUUGGUAACAGUCAUGAUAUCCAAGAUGUGCCAAUGACCGGGGUUGAUCCUGACACAGCAGUGGACGAAGGGACUCCUCCAGGGCUCAUAUUGGACUGAUCACGGUGUCCAGAGGGCACUUGUCAAUUCUAGUCUUGACACUCUGAGCUAGAAGCUGAUAACUGAGGUGAAGGUAGAACACACUGAACAGGAGCGACAAUCCGAAACUACAACUCCAAUGUCCUGUAUUGCAAAACUAAAGAAGAAAACCCCAUUUGACUUUUCAUCUGAUUGGAAAGCAAGUAAACGGCCCCAGAGACAUGGAGUGUUUCUGCUCCUUUAGUUUUUCAAAGUGAGGUUUACUGAGUGGAUAAACGAAGCUCAGACCUCUUUAAUCCGAUCAUUUCUCUGGUAGGACAAACAAUCGAGUCUCUCAGAUCUUUUUGGGCAUGAGUGAGAUGUGGAAUGGCAUCUUCCAGAGCAAGAAAAACAUCCACAACAAGAACAAGCGUAGAUGAGAUGUUUACACAGUAGCACAUGUCUUUGUAAGUUGACUUUCUUUCUGUGCCAAAGGAUGAGAAACCAAAAGGACGUUCUGGUCAUCAGACUGUAAACACCUGGGUCCUUGAGGUCAUUAAACAAGUAGAAAAAUG